GCUCUAGCGUCGUCCCUCCCCAAGGUCUCCGGCGUCGACAGAAGCAGCGGCACCAUGAAGCGCCUGCUCAGACGGCUCUCCCGCGUGGCCGCGGCAGACGCCUGCGCCGCCGCCGCGUACAAGCCACUCCGGCCCGAUGCGGCCGCGAAGGCCUCCUCCACGGACUCUUCUUCGUCGUACUCGUUCUUCGGCGCGCGAAGACUCGGCCGCGGUGCGCGCGUGCCGGAGGGGCACGUGCCUGUGUGCGUCGGCGAGGAGGGCGGCCCCGUGGAGCGCUUCGCCGUGCGGCCCGAGCUGCUGGGCCAGCCGGCGUUCAAGGCCCUGCUCCGGCGCGCCGCGCAGGAGUACGGCUACGGCCACCCGGGCGCGCUCCGGAUCCCCUGCGCCGUCGCCAACUUCCGCCGCCUCCUCCACGGCCACUCCGACCCCGGCUGCCAGGCCACCGACGACGACGACUCCGCGCUCUACUACUAGCCUUCUUGCUCUGCUGCCCAUUUCACCCUCCUCGUUCGGCUGUCAUGGAGGGCGUGAUGGAAAAUUUACCCCCUGGCAAAGGCAAAUCGGUGAACCAGCAGAGCAAACUGCCAGCUGCUGCGUUCUGACCGAUCUGCCCCUGCGUGGAUGCUGUACAUAGUGAGGUCACAUGGGAGUUGGUGGAGGGUAGGACGGGGAUUCCGCCGCAUUUUCUUCUGGAGCUCAACAAUUUUAGGACCUGCUGUCUUGUGGGAAUUCUUCUUCUUCUUCUUCUUCUGAGUAUUCCUCUAGGUAGCUCUAGAUCAAGCUCUGGUAGCUGCAAUGGAGCUUCUUCUUCUUCUUCUUUUGCUAGGGAUUUUGAGGUCUUGAUAACACAUCAUGUAAGCCGCAAGGUUGGUCUCAUGUGAGUGAAAUGGAUGAUUUUGCCACUGCAAAAGUUUGAUCCAGGAUCUGGUGGUGUAAAAUGCAAUGCACUUCAAUGGAUCUCCAGCUAGCUCUAGCAGUUCAGGCAGCCUGUCAUGGAUGACCAUGGUGUACUACAAUGAUUGACCAUUUGAUAGUACUACUUGGGCCUGUGGAUGUUUCUUUAA